GUGUUAAUAGUAGAUGAUGGAAGUACUGAUAAAACGUCUAAAGUGGCAUUUGACUUUGUUAGAAAGUACAAGAUAGAUAAUAUGAGGCUUCUUCUUCUUGGAAGAAAUCAUGGGAAAGGAGAAGCUAUUAGAAAAGGCAUGCUGCAUUCACGUGGUGAACUUCUUCUAAUGCUUGACGCUGAUGGGGCGACGAAGGUUACUGACUUAGAAAAGCUUGAAUCUCAGGUAUAUGCAACGGCUAAGAAUAAAAUAGAUGAUAAAUCUCUAUCUGAGUCAUCUAAUGAUCUAAGACCCAAGCUAUCAGAUAUUGAAGUUUCUGUAUUUGGUUCCCGGGCACAUCUUGAGAAGCAGGCUCUUGCUACUAGGAAGUGGUACAGAAACUUUCUAAUGAAAGGUUUCCAUCUUGUGGUUUUAUGUACUGCUGGUCCAGGUAUCCGUGAUACACAGUGUGGCUUCAAGAUGUUCACAAGGUCAGCUGCUAAGAAACUUUUCACAAAUAUUCGAUUGAAGAG